CGCUGCUCCCGCUCUCCGCACGACGGCGGCGGCGUCCCGCCAUGUCGGCCGCCAAGCACCGGGGCGCGAAGGGGGGCAGCCCGCCCGCCGCCGCCAACGAGAAGGGCGCGCAGCCCGGCGGCGCCGAGGAGCCGGCGGCGAAGAAGCCGGCGGCGGCGGGGCACGGCCGGGGCGGCAGGGCCGGCGGGGGGGGCCGCUCCGGCGCCGGCCCCCGGCGCGGCUGGGCGCUGCUGCUGGGCGCCGCGGUGGUGCUGGGAGCCGCUCUGCCCGCCGGCUGGUACGUGCAGCAGCUGCGGGAGGAGGUCGGGCGGAGCGCCCGGGAGAUGGAGGCCUCGGUCCGGCAGCGGCAGGAACUGGCCGGCACUCUGGACGCCGUGGUGCAGAAGGUACGUUCUCUUCAAACCACAUUUGGAGAAUUUGAAUCCAUGAUGAAAAUUGUGCAGCAGAAGCAGGAGGUUACCGAGAAGGCUGUUAAACAAGGGGAGAGUGAAAUAAACCGGAUCAGUGAAGUGCUUCAGAAGCUGCAAAAUGAAAUUUUGAAAGACUUGUCUGAUGGCAUCCACAUGGUGAAGGAUGCAAGGGAGCGAGACUUCACAUCUCUGGAAAACACAGUGGAAGAGAGACUAACAGAGUUAACAAAAUCUAUAAAUGAUAACAUUGCAGUAUUCACUGAAGUCCAGCAAAGGAGCCAAGAUGAAAUCAAUAAUAUGAAAACAAAGGUUGGUUCACUAGAACAGGCAGAUGUGUAUAAACAUGAAAUUAAGGUGCUAAAAGAUGCUUUUGAUGAGAUGCAAGCAUCCAUGAAAAUCAAAGAAAAGGACAUAGAGACCUUGAAGAGUACAAUAGACUCCAUGGAGUCUGAUGUCUAUACUGAAGUGAAAGAGCUAGUCAACCUCAAACAAGAACAUGAGAAGUUCAAAGAGGCUGCAGACACUGAACACCUGUCAUUAAAAGCUUUACAAGAGAAAGUUCUGAGAGCUGAGGAUUCAAUUAUGCAGCUCCCUAGUGACAUUAAAAGACUUGAUGAAGAUUUACUGCAAGUUAAAGCUGACCUCAACAAAUGGGAAGAUAAUGAACUCUUCAGAAGAGCAUUAGAAACUUUUGGGAAGAACAGUGAAGGACUGGAGUCUCGCUUGAGGCAUAUAGAAGACAGCCUGGAGUCUCUAACUUCUGUUGCUGCUCAAAGCAGUGAAAAGUUGCAAUCUUUCUUUUCUAAGGAGGCAGAAUAUGAGAAUAAACUCAGUACCCUACAACAAAGCAUUAGUACCCUUCAGGGUCUCUCAAACACUGAUGUAACUUCAGUCACAGACAUUCUGAAAAGUCUUGGUGAAGCACAGACCUCGCUGUACAACGAUGUGGAAAACUUAAGGAGAAGCAUCAGUGACCUGCCAUCCUCUGAUGCUCUCCAGGAUGUCCAGAAGCAAAUUAGUACUUUGUUGGAUCAAGGAAAUCUUCAGGCAGAUCAAGCACAUUCUCAAGGCUACCUUGAAAAGUUUUCUUCUGUGGAAGGCUCUGUAGAUGAACUGAGAUCUUCUGUUAGCCAGGUUGAUUCCGAUUUGAAAAUGAUAAGAACUGCAGUGGAUAGUUUAGUCGCCUACUCAGUGAAAAUAGAAAGUAAUGAGAACAACUUAGAGUCUGUGAAGAGCUCAAUAGAUGACCUGAGGAAUGAUCUGGAAAGGUUGUUUGUGAAAGUAGAAAAAAUACAUGAAAAAGUUUAGGCAGCAGUGCUUCUUGGGCACAUAAUGGAUAAAGGAAAAUAGCUUUUGUAUGCCCCAUUUUUUUACUCUUUUUAAAAGCAAUUUGAUACCUCCAAAGAGAAUGAGAAUACUUUAAUAAUAGAGACAGUUCUGCUUAUUUCCUUUAUAUCUCUUCUGUGUAGUGUUUUGGGGGGUUGUUUGUUUGUUUGUUUGUUUGUUUUUCCUUAAAUUCUGUUUUAAGAAAACACGAGUUUAGUUGGGGGUUGAGUUUCUAAGGGCUCGUCUUCUCUAUAAAGUUGUACCGCUGUAACUGUAAUGGUGUAACUAAGGCAUUACAGCCUCGUUAGCAUGGGCACACAUUUAAUGGCAGGAAGGUGUUUCACACUAUGACACCAGAUAUCCCCCACAGGAGGGCUGCAGCUGCUCUGGUGCCAAAAGCACACUGCUGUACACACUGAGGAUUUUACUGGUAUGUUUUGGCUUCAGAAACAAAUGAGCAAAACUACACCCUGUCUUAAACUAUUUACUGUGGUAAAUUUAAGUGUGGAGCACGUUUGAAGCACCUCAUCUGUUUCUAGCACUGGGGACUCGGCCAUGUGUCCAGUUUACCAGGUGUCAGCUGAGCUGUAGUAGAUUUCUGUGAGUCCCUAAUCUGUACCGGGAGCUAACACAAGUCUGAGGUAAGCGGCACUGCUUGGGGCUAAGGCCUAAGAGAUGGGUUCCACCACGUGGCUGGAGAGGUUGAUUCUUUGUGAUCACAGGCUUCUUUGCCAGCAUCUUUAGCUGCUGGUGCAGAAGGUUGGUGCUUGGAAGGGACAUCGGAAGGAUGGGGUUAAUUACUUUUGUCAUAUUUUUAGACUGUUUACAUGAUGAAGCUGUGUCUUUCCUGGGUAGGCCUAAUUUGGUCUUUGAUACAGGAUUUCUCUGUAAAAAUGAUCACAGAUUUGAAUGAGAAAAGAGAAGGACCGAAAUUGCACCCGUUGUGUUCCAUAUAUAACAAGCAUGCUAACAACAAUAAUAAUACGCUCCAAAACACACAAGAAGGAAAAUCACCAUGAAAUCAGCAGAAUUGCUUCUAUGGCAUAUACGUUUCCAAGUUUUCACACAGCUGACAGUGACCUGAACUCUUGUUACAUAUUCAGGACUUGGUGCCUGAUUCUUGUCACCAUUUUUGUCAUCAGGCUGGGGCAUUGGUAGCAAAGGAUCCUUCUAGGAGAUGGCUGAGAGUGAGGAGGAAGUGUCAUAAUUCUCUAGAUGCUCUUUUAAAAAACACUUUCUCAUGGAGGUUUUUUGGAUUUCUGUUUUUUUGGAGAGGAUUUAUAGUAUUUCAAGUUUACUUUUGAACUCUUUCCAAAGAAUUGGUAAAGGAGUGUGCACAUGAAUACCUUGGAAAUAGGUCAUGGGCAUCAUGCCCACCUCAGCCUGCACUAGAUAGAUCCUUGACUAUGUUAGAUGAAGAAUUCCUAGAAAUUACAUCUCCCAGAAGUAAUGUGCUUGUGGGAACAGCACAGGUGAAAAGGAGUUCUCCUAGGUAAAUAAGAUACUGAAGCAUAUCUAGUUUUGUUCCCACUAUAAACAGGAAAGGAUUGCUGGCAAAGAAAGAGGGACCCAUGGCAUUAAGGUAACUGUUGUCACUGUUGGAAGUGCACUGUUCUUUGUUGACUUCUCGAGUUCUUGAACAAUGUUGUUUAGGUUACUGUGAAAUUAAUUGUAUGGCUUAUUUGCAGUAUUUUUAAUACAUAAUAAACAUUUGGAAUAUUCUUUGCACAUUU